AUGACGACAGAGACCACGCCGAACGGUGAAAAUGUCGAGCGAGGAGCAAAGUUAAAGUUGGCACUUGCUGCGAUCGAUCAGCUGAUAGCUGCGCAGCCUGCGGCAGAGGAGUUAGCCAGCAAUUGGCCUGCAUUCCAGCCUCUUGCAAGAGCACUCGACAGUGGCAAAUUGUGUCCGCUCCACCCACGCGGCAUACCGCUGGCCACUGCGGUGAGUCGAGCCUGCUGAUUGCCACUCGAUGGUGGCAACACCAGCCCUACGCAGACACGCAAGCUUGCCCUACUCUUGCGAAUUCAUGGUCAUUGAUAUCAUCGUCACCACCUCCAGGUGCGGUCGCUCAAAGCCAAAUGGCACGGCGAUGGAAGCUGGCCUCUGCUAGGAAGUGAUGAAGUCUGGACCCCAACUCAGACGGCCGUUGGUAUUCCCGGGGCUGAUGUCAGCGCUGGCAUUGCCAUGCCUCCCAGAAGCGUCCAUCCUUGCAGGUUGCUCCUCCGACCGAUGGGCGUUUUCAGCUUUCAGCCACCACAACAACAAGAAGCUCAGCCGCACAACGAGUUGAUCAACCACCAGAUAUGCAAGCAAGACCCAGAUUCGGAAGAAGUGGCAAGACGGUACCGCCUUCGCGGUGUUUACGUCGCAGAGGCAGGCAUUCCCCCUGAUGCUGAUGACUGA